AUGGGAAGCGCAACUACGCCCUUUUCACUGUCCUCCUCAUCCUGUCUUCUUCCCCGAGUUCAAUGGAGAAGCAAUCUCAGGCGCCGGUUCAACUCCAACCCCUCUUCUUCUUCUUCUUGUGCCUCAUUUCAGUCUUUGGUAAUCCGCUGCGCUGCGUCAUCAUCCACUACCGCUGCAGCACCGCUUAAGAAGAAGAGGCAUUGGAAACAAGGGGAAUACAAAGGCUUCAUUCUUCACCCAGAUUUCUCAACAACACUUGACCAUAAUAGCAACAAGGGUGGCGGCAGCAGGAGGAGGACCCCCAUCAAGAACAUUGCUAAGAAAUUGGAUAAGAAAAACAGUGCCAGUGCCUGGGUCAACACCGUCACCGAAUCCCUCUCUGAUUCCAUUGAUAAGAAACAAUGGCUGCGCGCCCUUGAGGUGUUUGAGAUGUUAAGGGAGCAACCUUUUUAUCAGCCCAAAGAAGGGACUUACUUGAAGCUGCUCGUCCUUCUUGGGAGAUCUGGUCAACCUGAUCGAGCCCGCAAGCUGUUCGAUGAAAUGCUGGAGGAAGAGCUACAACCAACACCUCAACUCUACACUGCGCUUCUCUCUGCAUACUGUAGAAGCAACAUGAUCGAGGAGGCUUUCUCGGUUCUUAAUCAUAUGGCAACCAUUCCUCUUUGUCAACCUGAUGUUUACACUUACAGUGUAUUGAUCAAGGCUUGUAUCGACGACUGUCGCUUUGAGAUGGUCGAAUCUCUCUAUCAACAGAUGGCUGAAAGACUAAUUGCACCUAAUACUGUCACUCAGAAUAUAGUUUUGAAUGGUUUUGGUAAGGCAGGGAAGUACGAGCAGAUGGAGAGAGUGCUUUCAGGAAUGCUUGAGAGCUCCGCGUGCAAGCCUGACGUGUGGACUAUGAAUAUCAUUCUCAGUUUGUUUGGGAACAGGGGUCAGAUUGAGAUGAUGGAAAGGUGGUAUGAAAAAUUCCGGGAUUUUGGCAUUGAACCCGAAACACGCACUUUUAACAUUCUAAUAGGUGCUUAUGGGAAGAAAAGGAUGUAUGAUAAAAUGUCAUCUGUGAUGGAAUAUAUGCGUAAGCUUGCAUUUCCCUGGACAACUUCAACUUACAACAAUGUAAUCGAGGCGUUUGGUGAUGCUGGUGAUGCUAAACACAUGGAAUGGACAUUUGAUCAGAUGCGGGCCGAGGGUAUGAAGCCAGAUACUAACACAUUUUGCUGCUUAAUAAAAGGUUACGCCAAUGCUGGCCUUUUUCAUAAAGUUAUCAGCUGUGUUCAGUAUGCUGGAAAGUUGGAAAUACCAGAGAACACUACCUUCUACAAUGCUGUUAUAUAUGCUUGCUCAAAGGCUGAAGAUUUGAUAGAGAUGGAGCGGGUUUUUAUGAGAAUGAAAGGCAAGCAAAUCCAUCCCGAUUCCAUUACUUACUCCCUUGUGAUCGAUGCCUACAAAAGGGAAGGCAUGAAUGACAAAGCAUAUGAGUUGGAGUUGGAGCAAGAAAAAGAGAUGAUAAGGGUUAGUAGUCAUGAAGGUGGCCAAGAUAUUGAAUCAGAACUGAUGAGACCAUAG